GUUUCAUUCCCUCCGCUCAUCCCAGUCGGCCUCGCCCAGAGAUGUCCUACCAAUCGUCCCAGUUCCGCAGAGCCCCUGCCGCCCAAGACGGCCCCAGCGAAAAAUUCCGCGCCAAAGCACAGCAGCUGCAAGAACUCUUCCCUUCUUGGUCCACCGACGACCUCAUCUCGCUCCUCGGAGAAGUCAAUGGAGACGUCGAGCUCGCGGCUACGCGAAUUACAGAAGGCCAUGCCGUCCAGUGGGACUCCGUCACCCGCAAGAAGGAGAAAAAGGCACCUUCAAGCCCCGCUGUCCACGCAAAAGAGCUCCCCGCGCGGGGCGGCAGAGGCGGACGUGGUGGAGGACGCGGCGGGCGGGGCGGUGCAGCGCGCGGCGGGCGAGGCGGGCACCGGCAGGCCAACGGGUCCCACUCGAGCACCCCGGCGCCUGCACCCCCUGCGGCGUCCAACGACUGGGCCGACAGCGCCGCCCCGACCGCAAACGGUGCGAAUGGAUGGGGCGAGCCGACCCCUGCCGAGGGCGACGCGGCGUCGUCCCAGGGCCAGGAGGCUCCCGCUACUACCAAUGGCUGGGGUACAGAGACGGACACCCAGGCUGCGACGACUGCGCCGUCGACUGCUGGGUGGGGAACCGCCCCUUCGUCUACGGUCGCGGAGUCGGCCAACGGGUCUGCUGUGCCGUCUGUAAAGUCCCCGCCGCCUGCGGCGGGAGCUAAGGGCUCCGUGAAAACACCCGCAACCACUAAGAUGUCCUGGGCACAAAUCGCUCGUGCUAAACAACAACCCAGUCCUCAACCCCAGCCCGCUCCGACCCCCGCUUCCGCUACUCAGCCCACAGCCCCUGCCCCUGCUACUGCACCUCAGCACACCCCCGCCCCCGCCCCUGAAACAGUAUCUGCCCCCGAGCCUGAGCCUACUCCCGCCCCCGCACCAGAACCCAUACUUCAGCAGCAAGGGUGGGAAGAGCCCACAACAGUCCAAGCGCCGACAUGGGACGACGAGCCCAAGCGGCCGACCUCCCAGGCCGAACCGGACGGCUGGACAGUCGUGGACGCUCCGCCCAAGGAGGAAGAGCAGCAGCAACAACCCCAGCAGGAGGAACCCCCCGCUCCUGCACCAGCGCCGGCACCAGCCCCCGAGCCAUCGGUGCCCUCGGCGCUCCCCGCGCAGCUGUCGAAGCAGCCUGAGCCGCAACAGAUCCCUUCGAAGCCCGCGACGCCCGUGCAGAGCCGCGCUCACCACCACCGCGUCGCGGCCAAGUUCAAGACGACCGACCAGGCGGUCGUUAUGCCCACGAGCUUUGCCUCCGGUGUCGAGAAGGUCGGCAUGCAGUUCGGGAGCCUCAGCUUGGGCGGCGACGACGACGCCCCCGAGGCGCCGGCGCCCGAGCCCGCCCCUGCGAAAGCGGCCGAACCCGCGCCAGAGCCUAUUCAGCCUGCCCAGCCAUCGCAGCCCGCGCAUCCGCCCCAGCCCCCGCAGACACCCGCGCAGGAGCCGCACGCUGCGCCGGCGCCUGUUUCACCGCCUCAGCCCCAGCCCCAGCCACCCUCUGUCUCGUCCUCCGCACUGUUCCAGCAGGCUAUCCCCCAGCAGGCACAACAGCCGCAAGCUCAGCCAUCCCAGCCUCAGCACGCAAUCCCCAGUUCGAUCUCACAGCCGCAGCAUAUCCCCUCCCAGCCCUCUCAGGCUGCCCUUUCGGCCACUUCGCCGAUCCAGCCGUUCCCCCUUCAGACCGGCAUCUCUCCGCAGGGUCUCGGGGCGCAUCAGCAGCAGCAGCAGCAGCAGCAGCAACUUCCUCCCAGCCAGAGUCAAGCUCAGAGCCAGGCUCAGCACAACCAGUACUCGCAGCACGGGCUGCCGACGCACGUCGAGCCCGCCCAGAACCACCAUUCGCCCGCCCCGCACCACCCGUCGCAGCACCAGUCCGGGCACUCGUCCUCAUACUUCCGCCAGCACGAGGCGCCGUACUUCCAUGCAUCCACGCCGCCCGUGGGGGGCGCGCAAGACAGCCCGUAUGGAGGGUUCGGUGGGCUUGCGCAGCAGAUUCAGCAUCCCGGCCAGAGUCACCUGGCUGGGUUUGGAGGAGGGGACUUUGGGUACGGUGAGAGCCCCAGGGGUUUCUACGAUUCGUACCAGGGCUCUGGCUUUGCGGGUCGCAGCGCGUUGGGCCACGACGAUGUCAAGGGGCUGUCGGCGCAGCAGCCGUCCCCUGCGGGCUUGCCGCAGUCCGGCGCCCAACCUGCCCAGCAACAUGGUCCCUCGGCGCAGACCUCUGCUCAGCCCGCGCCGGGUGGCAGCAACCCCCAGCAGCAGAGCGGGUACCCGGCGAUGGCGGGCGGUUACUACUACCCGUACGGAAACCAAUACUACGGUGCGCCGAAUAACUACGGAUACGGCGUGCCCCCGCCGUUCGUCAAGUACCCCACGAUGUUCCCCCCGGGCCCUCCCGGACCUGGCUCGGCUCCUUCGCCCGCUGCGAAGCAGACCCCCGUGAGUGCACAGCCGCAGUCGUACGGGCAGAGCUUGUACGGGCAGCAGCACCCUUCAUCGGCGUAUGAGGAUGUUGGGUACCAGCACCACACGCAACACCAGCAUCAGCAUAGUCACGGCCAGAGUGUCGGUGGUGGCCUCCCGUCGAACGACUAUGGCAAGCAGUUGUACGGAACGCACGGCAGCCAGGGGAUGCAGGGUCUUAUGGGCUUGGGCCAGAACACGCCCUCGUCCGGCGCGCCGAUCGGCCAGAGAACCGGCGGAUCCCCUGAGGCUGCGUACAAGCCGUAUGCGCCGUCAGUCAAGGACACGGGUGUUGGCCAGGGAGUUGGUCAGGCUCCUCAGGGUCGCGGCGGUGUCCAGCAGCCCAGCCAGGGAGGCUUCUAUGGCAGCGCCCGCUUUGGCUCGAGUGCUGCUGGGCCGCAGAACCAGCAGCUGCAAGGUCAUCAGCCUCAGGGCCAGCUCCCUCAGGGUCAUCUUGGAUAUCCGCAGGGCGGCUCGGAGAGCCCCUUCUACUCAUAUCAGCCUAGGCAGCAGCAGGCCUACUGGCAGUGAUCGCAACGUAAUAAUCUAGUAAUGGGGAAGGCGGUAGUAGGCAGCGCGUUCGAGGACUUGUGUGCUUUGUCAAGUGUUUUCCUAUCUGCUUCUCUUGUUCCCUUUCAUCUCCUCGUGCAUCAGAUCAGCCUUGUCCUUGUCCUCGUCCUCUCCUCUCUGCGUCUCUUAUAUUUUCAUCUGUCUCUCACGUACAUCUCAUCUCCGUCUCUCAUGAUCAUAUGUAUAUUGUAGUUGCAGACUUGCAAAUGCGUCGCUCGCAAAAGAGAAACGAAUUCAUGAACGCAAAAGCCAAACUCGUGAAUCGCACAUGAGUAUCCCAAGACAUACGCAUGAAACGUAGCGAGACUUGUCAAACUAUACUUUUUUGAAGAAGGUGGAGAUAUCCUUCG